AUGGCAACACAACUGGAUCAAGUAAACAAAGUACUCCUUGACAAUCAAGAUAGGGAUCUACAUGCGGCGCUCCAGCAAGUAAUAACUGAGAACCCUGCACUGUCCGACACUGUAAAACAAUGCAUUUUACGGCUGGAAAUGUUAGUACAGCGGAAACAAAAUCAUUUAGCCAAUCCACCACUUGUGCGCGAGUGUUCCACUUCAGCAAACACAACAGCUCUGUUGAUAGUUGACGUUCAGAAGGACUUUGUGACCGGGUCUAUGCGUACAGACCGGUGUCCUGCACAGAUGGAUGCAAUGGGCAUAAUAAAACCGAUCAACUACUUGUGCGGAUUGCCUUUCAAACAAAUCUACGUCAGUAAGGACUGGCAUCCACGAGACCACGUAUCUUUUCACGAGAACAGGAACAGAUGGAGACUUAGUAAAAACAGCAAGGCAAGUUCAAUUCAGAAAAUUUAUGAUACCAUCACCAUCGUUGAUUCAAUGGGCGUGGAGUGCAAUCAACAACUGUGGCCAACACACUGCGUUGCCGAAAGUGAAGGUGCUAAAAUUCAUCCCAAAUUGAGGUUGCCUGAAGACGUUAUCGUGAUUAAAAAAGGUACCAUCAGUGAUGUCGAAUCUUACUCUGUCUUCGGAGAUCCAAACGGAAGAGAGGACACAACCUUGGAAGCCAAGCUGCGAGCAUCUGGCAUCAAAGUUCUAGUUUUAUGUGGAAUCGCCUUCGACUUCUGUGUGGCUGCGUCUGUAAUGGAUGCAUCGAAACGUGGCUACCGGGUUAUUGUGUUGGAGGAUGCCUGUGUUGGCAUCGAUCCAGCUGGGAUUGCUGAUGCACGAAGGCUCAUGCUUGAAUCUGGAGUCCACAUAACACGCUCCACAAAAAUCAUCGAUAUCCUCUCCGGGAAUUCAACUCCUCUACAACAUGUUCUGAAGUGGGUUCAUGACCAAACCAUGGCUCAAUAA